AUGUCAGAAGCCCUAAACGACGAGAUCGAAGCCAUCAACUCCAUCUACGGAGACAACACCCUCGUCCAGGCCACCCAAGACCCGGACCCCUCCAUCUUCAUCCUCACGCUCCCGGGCGAGAACACCGCAUCGUUGCGGCUGCAGUUCCCCGCCGAAUACCCCGAUGUGCCGCCUGUAGUCCUCGGCACGCAUAGUCUGGGCGCGGCCGGGAAACACGGCGCUGCGGCGCAUGAUCUGGCGUUGUUCCGGGAGGCGGUGGGUGAGGUGUAUGAGCCGGGGGUGGUUUGUCUAUUUGAUGCUAUAGAGAAGGUGCAGGAGUUGUUAUUAUCCGCUGGGACAAAGGAGGGUCCAGCGGAAGAGACCGCGGAACCCCCAGAGGAAGCAGAAAAAGAAGCAAAAGAAGCAGACAAAGAUCAAACCACCAAUAACCCCGACCCCGACUCCAUGUCCUCCAACACUAACCCCCCACCCCCCUGGACGCUAUCCGCCCUCUUCACCGAAAACAAAUCCACCUUCCUCGCCCGCUGCGCACCCGUAACCUCCCCCGCGCAAGCAACCUCCUUCCUCGCCCACCUCCUCGCCUCCGACAAACGGGUGCGCACAGCCACCCACAACAUCACCGCCUGGCGUAUCCGCGGAGACGGUGGCACCAGUUUCCAGGACUGUGACGACGACGGCGAGACCGCGGCGGGUGGGCGUUUACUGCAUUUGAUGCAGCUUAUGGAUUUGUGGGAUGCCAUGGUGGUGGUUACGCGCUGGUAUGGGGGGCAGAAGUUGGGGCCGAGGAGGUUUGCGUUGAUUAAUCAGACUGCGAGGGAUGCGUUUGUUAGGGCGGGGUGGGUGAGGGAGGAGGGGGGGCAAGCAGGUGGGAGUGGGAGCGGGAAGAAGAAGGGGGGGAAGUGA